UUUUAACAACACACUUGCCGGUGUACCGCAAGCAUUGUUCCGACCGCACUGGCUUCAUUCGCGAAUUUGGUGAAGUUCGGAUACACGUUUUGUUGUCAGUCCAAAGUUAUACUGCGAUCCCUCUCAUCGGUCAACAGAAUGCCCCCAAAGUCAAAGAAAAAGGCUGCCAAGGAAGUGGUUGACGCUGAUGCUGCUGCAGCUGAGGAGCCUCCAGUAAAGAAGACAAAGAAAGGGAAGAAGGAUGAGGCCGAUGAGGGUGAGGAGGCCACGCCCAAGAAGGGAAAAGGGAAGAAGAAGGACGAGGAGAAUGGAGAUGGAGACAAGAAAAAGGUGGUAAUUCCGACCAUGACCUUGGAUGAGCAGGACUUCUCCUGCAGUGCAAAGACCAAAGAUGGACUUGACUGGAACUUGAAGAUAUCCUCCUGGAAUAUCAACGGAAUCAGGGCAUGGCUUGGGAAAGAGGGUACUGCGUAUAUCGAGAAGGAGGCCCCAGAUGUUUUCUGUGUGCAAGAGACAAAGUGCAGCUUGGAGAAGAUGCCUGAUACAGUGAAUGUCGAUGGUUACCAUGCCUACUGGUCAUCAGGGGAUACCGAGGGCUAUGCUGGGACAGGCAUGUAUUGCAAGACGAAGCCUAUUGAAGUCACAUAUGGAAUUGGUGAGAGCAAACACGACAAGGAGGGACGGGUCAUCACAGCCGAGUUUGAAAAGUUCUACAUGGUCACAGCAUACAUUCCGAAUUCUGGGCGUGGUUUGACACGACUUAACUACCGCACGAAGGAAUGGGAUGUGGCUUUCCAGGACUACAUGAAGAAGCUGGAUGACAAAAAGCCAGUCAUCCUGUGUGGAGACCUCAAUGUUGCACAUCUUGACAUAGACUUAAAAAAUCCAAAAACCAACAAGAAAACUGCAGGUUUUACACCCCAGGAGCGUGAGGGGUUCACCAACCUGCUGAACGAGGGCUUUGUGGACUCGUUCCGCCUCCUGUAUCCUGAACAAGAAGGUGCCUACACGUUCUGGGCCUACUUCAUGAACAACAGAUCCAAGGAUGUUGGCUGGAGAUUGGACUACUCCGUGAUAUCAGAGCGUCUGAAGGACAACCUUUGUGACAACAUCAUCAGGAAGUUUGUGCAGGGUAGUGACCAUUGUCCGAUCAUUCUGCUCCUCAACCUUUAAAUCUUCAUCAGUCAUUGUUUACAAUGUGUGAAUGUCUUCAUCAUGUCCAUAUACAGGUCAUGAACAUUGACCACCUUUGACCACAACAAGGUCACGUAUGUUAAUACAGUGAUGCCAAGUUAGUCUGGACCCUUACCUUUCUGAAAACCUGUCUCUAUAUACUCAGUCCCUCAUAGGAGCAUUACUCUGUAUCUCUGCACAAACCGAGGGCUUGAGGUUGAAUGAAGUGUCAGGUAGCCAGAAUAUGGAUGAUGGUGGGGGCUGUUGCUCACCAUAAAGACAUCUAUACUGGCCCAGGCUGGAUUAUGUACAGACCGCAGUCAUUUAGAUGGAAUAUUGCUGAGUAUCUGAGUAUGCAGAUGGCCUUGUUGUCUAAGUCAUAGGUGGAAGCAAAAAGGGUGGAUGCAGGGGUGCCUCUCUGAACCCGAGUCUUCGGCGUGACGAGCAAAUGCUUUUAACCACUAGGCUACCCCACGGCCCCUGAAACUCUCGUGAAAGCGUGUGAAAAUGAAGUGUGCACACACACACCAAACCCCCAAAGUGUGCACCCCCUUUCUCCAAAAGCUGUAUCCUCCCCUAGUCUAAGGCACUGACACUUUAUUUCAGUUUUACUUAGUUGAGCAAGGAUCCAAUGUAUUAUGGCAGGUUUGAAUCCCUGACUUGCCCUUUUCAUGAUCUUUGGUUUGUCAGGACAUUACCUGUGGCUCAUGCUUAAAACAGGCAUCACUCUAGUUUGUUUUCAUGUAACUGAAAUACUGUACAAAGUGGAAUAAAACCCAUAUCAUUCACUCACUACUCCACCCAUGAUUUGUUAUUCCAUGCAUCAGGGUAUUUACUAGUAAUGGUCUUGAUUUACAAGGUGUCACUGUGUAAAUGUCAUUGCUCAUUUAGUUCUAAAUCAUGGUUUUAUUUCAAUUUAUGGAGAUCAUAUGCAUUAUUUCCUUUUUCAUCUGUUUUACUGUGAUCAGAUGUAGAAACUUUAAUCACUUUUUCAUGAAAUAUAUAUUGAUACUCAUCGACAAUACUUCGCAGAUUUAUGCAACUGCUUUCCUUCAUCAGUAGAUACAGAUAGCAACCUGGUUGCGUUCAGCACAUGAUUCAAUUCUGCUUACAAUGAAUCCAGCAUGUUCAGCAAUAUAUCUUGUGUAACAUGUGCCUAGCUUUCUUAACACGUCUUCUUCAUGCAUGUACUAGCAUCAUAUGAUUUCUCUAAGUUAAACACAGACUCAAUCUAUUUACCAAAGAAGAAUGCACAUUUCAGUGUAUAGCUGUAUGUAUUCACUACGGUGGGUGAAGUUCAUGUACAGAGACCUGUGAAGUACUGAUGUUGAAUAAAUGAGAUGAUGAACUCUG